GGCAGACUCCGAGCCGCACACACUUUGAGUGAGGCUCGUCGUAGGCAUCGUACACACAGACAGCAAUCAUGUCCACUGGAGAUAAGUCCAAGACCUCUUCCCAGACCGAUGGGAAGGCUGCUCAGAGCAAGAAGUCUGAGAUGGGAAUGAUGGCCUACAAGAUGUACGUGUUCGACCAGGAGAACUUCCAGGGUCGCAUGAUCGAGAUCAGCAACGAGUGCAUGAAUGUGUGUGAGAUGGGCAUGGACCGCGUGCGCUCUCUGCGCGUUGAGUGCGGACCCUUCGUGGGCUUCGAGCAGAUGAACUUCUGCGGUGAGAUGUACAUCCUGGAGAAGGGAGAGUAUCCUCGCUGGGACUCCUGGAGCAACUGCCAGAAGAACGACUACCUGCUGUCCUUCAGGCCCGUCAGAAUGGACCCCGAGAAGCACAAGAUCUGCCUGUACGAGGUCGGAGAGUUCAAGGGCCGCAAGAUGGAGAUCAUGGAUGACGACGUUCCCAGCCUGUUCUCCUACGGCUUCACCGACAGAGUCGGCAGCAUCAUUGUCAGCUGCGGAACCUGGGUGGGAUACCAGUUCCCCGGAUACCGUGGCAGCCAGUACCUGCUGGAGAAGGGCGACUUCAGGCACUUCAACGAGUACGGUGCCCGUCAUCCUCAGUUCCAGUCCGUGAGGCGUAUCCGUGACAUGCAGUGGCACCAACAGGGCUGCUACACCAUGGCCAGCAAGUGAGGCUCAGGGAAGGAGAGAAAGAGAAAGAGCGGAAGUGAGGGAGAGGGGCGGAGGAAGAGGGAAAGGGGGAGAGAUGUCUGAGGCCUUACCUCAGUACCUUAAACGGUCUAUGAUCUGACGCAGUGAGGGGAAGGGUGAGGAUCUAGAUCAGUCCCUGAUCGGAGACAACACCUCAAUGGACAGACCAGCUGGACCACCCUCCAUUCCUCUCUGUCUCUACUUUUCUCUUUCUCCCCUAUGGGCUGAGCUUUCCCCCCUUUUCUCCCUUUUUUUUAGUCCCUCACUUCAUUCCUCUCAACAGUCCUCUGGGACACACCAAAGAGGGAACACGGCACCUCUUGCUGUUUUACACACUUGAUUCUCGGCUCAGGGUAUGAUGCACCAUGGGAAACAGAGUCCCUAGAGCCCCCCUGACCCCCGUCUUCUUGCCCCUGUGCAUUGCACACCCUCUCUGCUGUACAGAAUCCUGGCCAAGUUUUCAAUAAAAAGGAAAAUCUUGAUUUCAAA